CAAUCCAUAAUGUCAAAACAAAUACACCAAGCAAUGAAAAAUUUCGUGACAACAACGCGCCGUGGAAAGCAAUCAAAUUCAAUUUCGAUUCAAAACUAAAUUUAAAAAAAAAGUAAUUAUCUUCAUAUCUACCUACAAUGAGCGAUUGGCGGUUGCAGCGGGAUGAAGUCAAGAAGCUAAUCUCUGCUUACAAGAAACAUAAAUGUUUGUGGGAUUAUAGAAGCAACGAGUAUAAACUACAUGACUUGAAAAUGCAAGCAUGGCAGAAGUUAGGCAAGAUGUUUGGAAAAGAAGGCCACAUAGUUAAGAGAAAAAUCAAAUGUUUACGUUCCGUGUAUGGGUGUGAAAAGAGAAAAGUUGAAAAUUCCUAUGGAACAAACCGAAUAUACCAGCCUAACUUAUUUUAUUACAAAGAUUUGAAUUUUCUCGAUUCAGUUAUAAUCAAUAGGAAAGGAACUAGCCAUAUUCAAACUUAUAUUCCCAUUGAAGAUCUCAACGAAACAGAAAAUGAAACUCAAACUACUUGUAUUUUGCGUGAUGAUGUUUCAAUGGAAGAUGGUGUUUCGCCACCUUUAUCACCUUUGCCGCCUCAGAAACCAUCCGACAGUGAAUCACAUUCCAAAAUAGAGAAACAAAAUAGAUUAACGCAAUAUUCGAAUUCAGAUGCUCCUGUUAAUAACCAUGCAGAACUGAAGAAAACGACAAAAUCCUCUGUAGAGUCAAUAUACGUAUCGUUUGGAGAAACAAUAGCUUUGCAAUUGAGUCAGCUGUCAUCGUUGGAUGCAACAAUUACUAUGUCCGAGAUUCACCAGAUAUUAUCGAGAAAUAUAAUUAAGCAUAUGCUAUCGACGAAAAAACAAUCUUGCGCAAACUGUGAACUUGUAGACCGGAAAUUAACUGUGGUAACCUCAUCUUCCGAAAAGACGAGACAAAAAUGAUGCAAAGAAGUUCUUAUGAUACAUUAAUAAUUACAAACACAAAUAAUAUGCUAUCUUAUAACAUAACAAAUAACAUUUGAAAAUGUAUAUAUAAUCAUUAACUUUAAAUAUGUUAAUUAAAGAUAGUUAAUUUUAAA